AUGGCGUACCAGUACGAGUACACUGCUCGGCUAUCUCCGGCCGACCUUCCGUCUUCCAUGAUGGAUCGCGCACGUAUUACCGACCGAAACCUUGCGCGCAAGCUCAAGCUCACGCCCACGCUCGCGCCUUCUCCCGAACGCUCCACCGCACACAACCCUUCUUCGCGCUGCUGCGCCGGCGGCAGCGCGGCCUGCUUCGUCUGCGGCGAACGUCCAUCCCCAUCGUCCGUCCGUCCGUCUUUUGCCUUUUGCUUUUCGGUUUUCGGUUUUCGGUUUCGGCCUUCCCACUUCGUUCCGUCCCAAUUCACAUCUGAUUUCACGUUCACGUUCCAUUCCAUCGCGUCUACCUCGUCUCGUCGCGCGGGAUCGCGCCAGCGCGCACCCGCAUCGAUCGCGACCCCUAUCACUGUUCUGGCACCUCGCCUGCUCGCGCGGAUCCGCUCGUCAUCGUCGGCGCUCGCGCCGCCGUCGACGGCUGUCGACCCACGCCCUGAAGGCGCGCGCCCGCACCUGCACACGCAAACCCUAUCCAUGCUCUAUGUUCUACGCGCCGACGCGUGCCGAUCGCCGAUCGGCGCAUCGCGCAUCGUGCAUCGUGCAUCGGGGACCUGGCAGGCGCGUUGGCGCGCCGUAGCAGUCCGGACGCCGGACAGGAAGGGCAGAAGCUCCUUCGCAGCCUCCCGCGCGCCUCGGCGCGUCCUCGUCGCGCGUACAUAUUUCUUCAACCGCGCAGUCGCGCGCAUAGAAUGGACCUGUCAACCCACACCCGCGCGCACGCACCGACUGCGUGUGCUCCUCGCACCGAGCGCGCGCGACCGAUGCGGGCUAGCCUGCGCCGCGCGCACGACCACCAACGCCCACGGUCCUGCGUUCGCCUCGGGCGCGCGCGCCUCGUGA